AUGCAAUCGAAAAAUGCUUGUGCUCUGUCUAAUUCGGGUAUUCCAGUGUCCAAGUUAGUACCUAGGGGUAAUGUCACGAUACGAGGACCCUGUUACGGUACACCCCAGAGAGGGAUUCUAGGAUGUUUUGAAAGGUUCAUCAAGUGUGCCGCCCAAAAAGCAGACGUUGAAAGAACACAAUUCUAUUGUGAGUCGAUCGACACCGAUGCACAAAACAUCUGCGGCAUAUGUUAUUAG